CUCGUAGUUUGCCCAACUGAGUUUUCUCACCAGUUUUAGGCCACUUAUUUUUUUAGGCUUUGGCUUUUUCAAUGAAAAAAUGAAACAAAACAUUUGCUAAAUUAAUUUGCUAAAUGAGUUGCUGAGCCAAUGAAAGAGGUGCUUUUUCACUUAAAUGCUUUCUUCCUUUGUGACCCACAACCCCUGAUUUGGGAAGGACACGCUGUCCCAAUGGUUCCUGGCCCUGUAAAAGUACCGCCCCUACGGCCUUGGAGGCAAGACCCCCCCCCCCUGGUUCCCCGGCGGGCCGGACCCACUUCCUGUGCCUAUGCCUGUACCGUUCCAUGCAAAUUCUGUACCACACCACAUCGAAUCUGCACUGCACUGUGCGCAGGCAGAGGGUGCCUGCAAUGAUGAGAUCUCUUUAUGAUUGCAAUUGUUUGCAGUCUGGGAAAUGUGAUGUGAGACGAGACCUUGUACCGAUUUGUGCUAGGCAUUCUACAAACUGAUCACUCUUGGUGUAGCUACUGUCAUACACAUUCAUGUAACGCCGCUGACCGCCAAUGGAGGUGGAGGGUAGCAGCGGCGCGCGGCCGGCCGGCCUGUGGACGCACCUGCAGCGGCUGGUGACCCGGCCCGGCCCGCUGGCGCACCCCGAGUUCACGCCCUCGCCCGAGAUCCUCGACCUGCUGCGCGACACGGUGCGCGUGCUGGUGGUGGGCGCCGGCGGCCUCGGCUGCGAGCUGCUCAAGGACCUGGCGCUCAUGGGCUUCGGCAUGAUCGACGUCAUCGACAUGGACACGAUCGACGUGUCGAACCUGAACCGCCAGUUCCUGUUCCGGCAGCAGGAUGUGGGCCGGCCCAAGGCGGUGGUGGCGGCCGAGUUUAUCCACGGCCGGGUGCCCGGCUGCACCGUCACGCCGCACUACUGCAAGAUCCAGGACUACGACGACCUCUUCUACCGGCAGUUCCACGUGGUCGUCUGCGGACUGGACUCGAUCCUGGCGCGGCGCUGGAUCAACGGUAUGCUGGUUUCGCUGCUGCGGUAUGAGGAGGACGGCUCGCUGGACCAGUCCUCAAUGAUCCCACUGGUCGACGGCGGCACUGAGGGCUUCAAGGGCAACGCGCGCGUCAUCCUGCCGGGCAUGUCGGCCUGCAUCGAGUGCAUGCUCGACCUAUACCCGCCGCAGCGUAAUUUCCCGCUGUGCACGAUCGCUCACACGCCGCGGCUGCCGGAGCACUGUGUCGAGUACGCGCGGCUGCUCCUCUGGCCCAAGGAGAACCCGUGGGGCGACGGCGCGGCUAUCGACGGCGACGACCCGGCGCACGUCGGCUGGAUCCUGGAGCGGGCGCAGGAGCGAGCCGCCGAGUACGGCAUCGCCGGCGUCGACUACCGGCUCACACAGGGUGUGGUGAAGCGCAUCAUCCCGGCGGUGGCGUCCACGAACGCGGUGGUGGCGGCCGCCUGCGCUACAGAGGUGUUCAAACUGGUCACCAGCUGCGCGGCGCCCAUGAACAACUACAUGGUCUUCAACGACGAGGACGGCAUCUACACCUACACCUACGAGCACGAGAGAAACGAGUCGUGCACGGCGUGCAGCCAGCGGCCCACGCCGCUCCGGUUCACCCCUGACACCCGGCUGGAGGCGGUACUCGACUUCCUGCGCGCCGCGCCCCAGUACCAGAUGAAAAACCCCGGCGUCACCACCACCACGGCCGACGGCCGAAACCGCACCCUGUACAUGGCCACCGUGCCCAGUAUAGAGGAGCGCACCCGGCCCAACCUGAAGAAAACGCUCACCGAGCUGGAGCUGAGCUCCGGCCAGGAGCUGGCCGUCGCCGACGUCUCCACACCCAACACGGUCAUCUUCCAACUGGAGCUGACGGACGCGUGACGUCAGCUGCCGCGUGUGUGACGUCACUGAGCCCUGAGGUCACUGAACUGACGUCAGACAGCACCUGCCCUGUGAUGUCCGCUCUCGGCCGCGUGAGGAGGUGACAGAGCAGGUCACGGUAAGGCACUGGGUGCCAAUCUCUGACAGCGGCGCCUCUCAGUGAUACGUGCGGUCGCUGGUAUGGGACCUGUGGGGUGGCGUGGCGGGCCCGAGAUGCGGGUGGCCCGUGGUUGGCUGUACUCUCGUCGGGCCGGCAGGGGGUGUGGCAGAUUAUCGCUGGUCUCAGCUGACUGAGGGCAUGUGAAUGGUGAAGCGGUCCUGCAGGAGGGCGAUGUGGUGAUGUUGGGACGCCGGCCGAGCCGGUGAUCCGUGUCGGAUCGUGACUUCCCUGUGAGCGGCCUGUGCUGGCCGACUCAACGUAUUUAAUGUCAGUGUAAUGUGCUUAGGUCAAAUAUACAAUUGUUCGCACUGUCA